UGUCAUUAGUUGCCACCGCACGCACGUGAACAAAAUGAGCGGAUCAAACGGCAAAAAGGGCUCUUCCUCCCAUGUGGUGGAGUGGAUCGGUUCUGUUUGUCGAUUUGCAACAGACAGAAACGACUUCAGAAGGAAUCUUCUGGUCAACCUGGGCUUGUUUGCAGCUGGUGUUUGGGUUGCAAGAAAUCUCUCAGAUUUUGACCUGAUGUCUCCUCAGCCUGUGACAUAACCCGGUCAAACCACAUCACUGCCAAAACCAGGAUGAUGUUGCUGUCAGACCAAACGUAGAACAGCUGUUGCAUCGCAGCAACGUGGCCGUGAUUGAUGUCUGCCACUCACUGGACAGGCCCGCCAUCACUGACCCACUCAGAGGAGAGCUAAAGAGCACGACACGAGAUUUACU